UUCCUCUUCAUAUUGAGUGUUCGAUUAUCCAAUUACAGUUAUGACCGCAACCAGUUUUUAUUAUAGAGAAAACAAAACCAGAUAUUUACGUUGUAUAAUCUUUCCAAAAACAACGACAAGAACAUGCUAAAACAAUAAAUAUACGGAAGCGGAACUCUCUUUCGCUGAAGCGCUCGGGAACUACGAGUGCAACACCAGCGGAAGUACCCGCUGAGGCGAUGGCGAAGCAAGAGACGGAAGAGCAUCGCCGAGUUCUCGAUGUGUCUAGGAAAGCUGGACUGGAUCCGAACAAGACAGACGUCCAGCAGCUGCUGGUAAGUAAGCACGAAGCAGGACCUUCUCAGAUCAAAGAGGAAGAAGAGGAGAUAGAUGUCACCAAGCUGCCCUACAAUAUUGUUGUAGUGAAGAGUGAAGAAGAUGACGCUCAGAGAGGGGUGGAGCUUCUGGCCAGCAGCUCCAUCCACAUCAAAACUGAAGCUGGUGGGGAUGACUCUGGAGGACCAGAAUCUGCCGACAACCAAAGUCAAAUUCUCUUCCCUAACCACCGGAGGUCACUGUCUUCUGAUUCUGACACUGAUGACAGCGAGGACUGGGGGGAAACCAGCAACACAUUGCCUGCUUUAGACUCCGUGGAGAAACUCGUUCCUGUCAGUGAAAAGAAUGAUGACAAGUCACUGACCUGCUCCAACUGUGGGAGGGAGUGUUCAUCCAAGGUUGCCCUGAACCAGCAUAAGAAAACAUGCCGAGUUGUGACUUGUCCAGUUUGUGGAAAAAUGUUGACCCAGAAAGGACACCUUGCGACCCAUAUGAGGGUCCACACGGGUGAAAAACCUUUCAGCUGCCCUGAGUGUGGAAAAUGCUUCAGUCAGAAGGGAGUGCUGAAGCAUCACAUGAUCAUUCACACCGGAGAAAAGCCCUUCAAAUGCAAUGAAUGUGGUAAAUGUUUCAAUCAGAGAGACAACCUGAAGACUCACAUGAGAAUCCAUGCUGGAGAAAAACUUUUUAGCUGCUCCUUUUGUGGCAAAGGUUUUAAUCAGCGAGAAUAUCUCAAGACGCACGAGAGGAUCCACACAGGAGAGAAGCCGUUCAUCUGCUCCCAGUGUGGGAAGUGUUUUAACCAGAGAGAAAAUCUGAAUACUCACAUGAAAAUCCACUCUGGCGACAAACCCUUCACCUGCGCAGAAUGUGGGAAGAGCUUCAUUUCCAAAGGAAACCUGAAGACGCACAUGGUGAUGCACACAGGAGAGAAGCCCUUCAGCUGUUCUCAUUGCGAUAAGUCUUUUAAGUGGAAAGGGAAUCUGAAGAGUCACAUGAGAGUGCACACAGGGGAAAAACCUUUUAGCUGCUCUCAGUGUGGCAAAUUUUUCACGUCCAGUGCAACUCUCAAGACUCAUAUGAGAAUCCACACCGGAGAGAAACCUUACAGCUGCUGUGAGUGCGGUAAGCGGUUUAAUCAGAGAGAAAACCUCAAGACUCACAUGAAGAUCCACACAGGAGAGAAACCCUUUGGCUGCUCCUUUUGUGGUAAAUGCUUCAAUCAGAAGGACACUCUGAAGAUCCACAUGAGGAUCCACACAGGAGAGAAACCCUUCGGCUGCACGCUGUGCUGCAGGUCUUUUUAUGACAGAGGACGUCUGAAUAACCACAUAAAAACACACACCAGCGAAAAACCAUUCUGUUGCCCAGAAUGUGGAAAAUGUUUUAAACUGGAAGAAGAGCUGGAGUAUCACGUUGGAUUUCAUAAAAAAGCAAAACUUGUUUCUGUCAAGAAUGAGGACCCGUUGUCUGAAACCAGGUCUGACUUUUGAUCACAAAAGCCACAAGUAUGUCAGUUGUUUUCAAACUAACUAGAAGUCUGACAGAACCUCAUUGUUAUUUUUCUUGCCUCGGCCAGUUCUCCACUGUCACCUAACUUCUCCUCCUCUUAUUACACUUUCAUCAUACAUCAUGAACCUCACUGUCUCCUUCAUCUCCAACUUGGUCUCUCCUCUCCGCGUGCCUAAUCCAUCUGUCCUCCUCAGCUUUGCCUCUUUUUUCAAUAACAACCUCAGUAUCUUCAUCUCUGGCUCUCUUGACUCUGACUCCUGUCUUGUUAAAACAGUCAUGGUCACCAUGACCUGUUCAAACAGAUUUCGAAGGCAAAAUAAAAGGCACAUUUUGGCUUGUUUUCUCCCACUACCAGAUCCAGUGACAGAUUGAAGUUACUCCCCUCAUUUGCCCAUUUACAUGCCGAGGAGGACAACAAAACAAAACUGAGCUUUUGUUGUGACUCCAUGCUGGUCGUUGUUUUUUUUUGAAUAAAAUCUUUGUGAAUGUGACGUUCAAACUGUGGCCAGUGCUGUCCUGCUGGAAGUUUCCUGUUGUGAUGCUUCUCUAAGGCUCCGUGAUCGUUCCUGAGGUUGAACAUCAGACAAGCAGCUAAGGGUGUCUGUUCUCUUCACUUGUGAUGCUCAGCAAGGGUCCUGUAGGGAGGCUGUCCUACUUGGGCCCUGAUCUUUACUUAAAUUAGAUUUAACUGUGAUUUAACUUUAACUGUGCGUGUCAAGCUUUAACUCUGUGGGAACGGCAUUCCCACCAUCAGAAGCAACACUAAACACAAUCCAGUACUUGCAGACCUACUGUGUAAAUAUUGGGAUGACUCAAGUUUAACUUCUGCAAGGGUGCAGACAGGUCAAACCACAACACGUACAUGAGAUUUGUUUGAUUUCAAUUUCCAAAUCAGACCCCUCUGCUUUGUGAUUGACACUGCCUGUCAUCUGUACCAGCAUUUGCUGUCAUGAUGCUGGUUUCUUGAAAUCAAUGAUUAAUGUUUUUGUUCAACAUGUCAACAUUCAAGUGACUACAGAAGCAGACAGUAAACACAAAUAGAGGAAUGACAGGCUCAGACAAAUCGAAUAUUUAAUUGAUAAAGCGAGUCAUCUUUUUAAAUUUAUUUUACUUUCAUCCCAUUCUCAUUUCAAUAUUUAUUCACUCGUACUUUUGCUUGAGUGUUCCCUGGCAUCAAGGCAGUGAGUCAGCAGGAGUUCGCUUGGAUGGGGGCUUCCAGUGUGAGCUGGUGGUGAGUAACACCGGGUUGGCCCCCCCAGUUGUCUAGUUGUAUUUUCUGUCAGCUUCUGUCCUACGUUCUUUACUCUGGAGCUUGGUCAGAAGUCCUCUGAUGCCAUGUGGGCACAGGUAAGACUGAAGAGAUUCUGCAGGACUUCCAGGGGACUUCCAGCCUCCAUCACCAUCCAGGAACAAGAGAUUGAACUUCCCCCUCACGCCCACUUCAACAUGGACCUGCUGUCAGAGACGCAUCACACUAGUUAGGUUGAAUCUCUUUCAUCUCCAUCUGCUGUACUGUUCUUUGACUACUGAAUUCCCUUGGAUGAGGUUUAGCA